AUGGAUGCCGUGACCAAAGUAUGGAUCCCCGAAUCUUACGAGGAAGUCACUUGGAAUCCCGAAGUAAAAGAAAAGAAGGAUUUAUGGGCUGGCACCGAAGAAGCCAUCUCGGAGUACCUCGAGUCAAUGGUAGAUAACCCGCGAAAGGCAUUGCGCUUUUCGUAUGUGCAGGAAGACCCUGAUAAGCUGCUCAUGCAACCCGCGCCAACCUCCCCGACGCCAUUUCACCAAACAUGUCACGAUUCGCACGCUGGCUGCCCCUCAACAAUGGAUCUUACCGUCGCUACGAAGUCCAAGACGCCCGCGAGCACGCCCUCGUCGAGCCCGGGCCUCUUCUCCCCCUCUCUCCAUCCGAUCAAGACCUACCUACCUUCCCUCCCAGAUGACACGCCGCAUCCGAGUCCAUACCUGCACCCGUUGCAGAUGCAUAAAGUUCGAGAGACUCACAAAGCCCAAGUCGAACAGGACUUCAUAACCGGCCGCAAACUGAUCAACCAGUACGAGAUCAUCAACGAGAUUGGCAGAGGUGUCCAUGGAAAGGUCAAAUUGGCGAGGAAUCUCGAGACGGGAGGCUAUGUCGCUAUCAAGAUCAUACAGCGCUUCUCCAAGAAGCGCAAGUUGGGACGAGUCACAGUGUCGCCCGAGGACAAGACGAAGAAGGAGAUCGCGAUCCUGAAGAAGAUUCGCCAUGCUAACGUCGUGGGCCUGCUGGAAAUCAUCGAUGAUCCCGAGCUGAAGAAGAUAUACAUGGUCCUGGAACAUGUCGAGCUUGGAGAGAUUGUAUGGCGCAAGAAGGGCGACAAGAAUAUAUGUCUAUACGAAAGACGUCGGAUCGAGAGAGAGGGUAGAAGCGAGAAUGGCCUGGGGGCCGAUGAGAAGUUUGGCAAGCUCUUGGAAAGGCGGCGGCAGCGCAGAGAUGCUCAACGAGAAAGGCUCUUCCUACAACACCACCCAGAUUACUGGAGUUUAGAACAUGGCCACGAUGAAGAAUUGGAGAGAUCUAUGUCGAGAGAGAAUGUAUAUGGUUCUGCAUCAAGUCUCUCUCGCCAUGGCUCCAUCUUGCCAUCCAAUCCGGGCUCCAGGGCUCACUCUAGAACAGCUUCUCGCGCGCCCUCACGCACCAGCUCUCGCGCCCAUACCCCGCUCCCUACCGAGUUCGAUAUUGGUGCUCUUGACAGUGACAACGAGAACGAUGAGCCAGCCCCCCUAUCCGCUGGCUCUAACCACGGCUCAUCGUCCGCCCUCGAAGCUACUUACUAUGGCUCGUACCCUGAGGAUCCCACAUAUCGAGGCCGAUCUCCGAGUAUGGCUGACAGUAUCAUCUCCCACAUGUCUUCCAUGGACGGGAAUGAGCACGAUGCCUUCGAAGACGACUUCUCCUAUGUCCCAUGCUUCACUAUUGAUCAGGCGCGAUCUGCUUUCCGAGACACGGUCCUGGGCCUAGAAUAUCUGCACUACGAAGGAGUUGUCCACCGAGACAUCAAGCCAGCAAACCUCCUAUGGACCAAAGACCACCGAGUCAAGAUCUCCGACUUCGGGGUCUCCUACUUUGGAAGACCGAUUCGAGAAGGCGAGACGGAGGAGAAUAUCUCGGAAGCUGAUGCGACGGACUUUGAUGAUGAUCUCGAACUUGCCAAGACGGUUGGAACGCCCGCCUUUUUUGCCCCCGAGCUCUGUUACACAGACCUCGAUAUCGAGCAGCCCAGGGUGACAGAACAGAUCGAUGUCUGGUCUCUCGGAAUCACCCUCUACUGCCUCAUCUUCGCUCGAAUUCCCUUCCUCGGCGACGACGAAUACCAACUGUUCAAGAACAUCGCCAAAAGAGAUGUAUACAUUCCGAAAAAACGCCUGAAGGCGGUCGACCCCAAUGCCCCAACGCCCCCGAUGGGGGCUGAGAAACAUACUGGUCCGUCUACAGGUCCUUACAGAGAGGAAGGGGAACUCGCUUUCGAGGAUAUCGAUGAUGAGCUACACGAUCUGAUCAAGAGGAUGCUGAUCAAGGAUCCUGCGGAGCGAAUUAGACUGAGGGAGGUGAAGCGGCAUCCUUGGGUGAUGCGCGGCAUUGCGGACAAGAUUGGCUGGGUUGACGAAACCGAUCCAUCGCGGAGGACAGAUGGCCAGAGGAUUCAAGUCGACAGAAACGAACUGGAACGUGCCGUCGUGCCGAUCACCUUCCUGGAGCGAGCCAGAUCAGCACUGAAGAAGACGGUCAACAAGGUUAUCGGUGCUACCAGGAGCGAGACGAGAGGCGAAGGAUCGCGCCGGAGAGCCGUAAGCAAUGCUACCAGCUCAGGGCCAGACUCCCAACAUAAUUCCCCUCUGAAUCUAACCCCUGCUCUCCGGGAAACUAGACGAGCCAGCCUCCGAGGCGACGAGUACUGCUUCGCAUCACUGACAGAGCUUCAAGAAUACCACCGCCGAGAAGCAACUGAGCACCCACUCGCGCAAAGCUUGACCGCCAGUCCGGAUCUCUCCGUCUAUCAAGAUGAUCCUUUCGGACUCGACUUUACAAAGCCGUCUGCCUCUAUAGGAGCCACACCCUCCUAUGAGCACUCGCCGUCAGGGAGGUCGGAUGCCAGACCAGGUCACCCGGACCGCUCCGAAUCGACAGCGGCGUCCAUUCAGACAGUCAUUCCACGUGGGCACUCACACUCUCGAUCCACGAACUCUCUACUCGCAAGUCCAUUCCACGAGGAAGGAACCCACCCUCCGGGCCCGUUUACAGAUCACAUGGGUGCCGUCUUGGGCGGUCCGUUAUGGAGUGGUGGAAGCAGCCGGGAAUUUGGCGACGUUGCCGAGGGUCCUUCUCGAGCAAGAUCCGUCGACCGCAAUUUGUUCGAGUCCCAGAACAAGCACGCGGAACCAAUCGUUGGUACCAGCACAGCAACGGCACCAGGUCUCUUCCAACACCCGAAGCUUUAUCAUCCACGACCAUUAUCUCGAUCGAACGACGCAUCAUCUACAUAUUGCGACCAUCCUUUGGCAUCUACUCAAUUGUUCCAGCCCUAUAUGCCCGCCGCCCAUCACCAAUCGGCAUCGACUCCCAACGUGCCUCUCAGCACGCUGGCUGCCUCGAACCUCGACCAGCGCCCUUCAACGGCCAAUCGCACUUUCUACUCGGGCGGCAAGACACCAGCACCUCGAGUCUACGGAGCAAGCACCCCGGAAUCAUUUCAACGCGCACAAGAAACCUUGGCACGGCGAAGAAAGAUGGAGGAGUAUACCGAUCGGAAGAGACAACAGCUGGCUGUUUCUGCACGGGACAAAGGCCUGGCUGCGGAGUGUCCACUAUCACCGGAUGACGACAUCUUUCACCAGAAGCAGGAAGCUCGCCGCGCUCAGUCGUCCAGCUCCGUCAACUCUACCAGCAUGAGGUCUCAGAUGACUUCUCCAUCGAACGCUGCCUCGCCAAUAUCGUCUGUCAACAUGGGUUCGCAAGAGCAGUUUUACUCAGUCCCCUCGCUACCCGCCCUCAUCUCAGGGGCAUCAUCCGUCUCGGCAGACCCGGAAGGCGAGAUGCUUCAACGUCCCGGCCGUGUCCAAGUUUAUCCGGAACACGGUACCACAGAUGACAAUACCCCCCAAGCUCACACGCCACCAUCCCUCUCCAAGGAACCCACCCUGGACGUCGAUACUCCUACCGAUAUGCCAGCCGACGACACCAUCAUCCUCUCGCCCGACGAAGACGACGAUGGGUACAUUGGGGAUGGGGACACGACUUUUACUGCGGACGACGAUGAUUCCGAUAGUGACGAAGGCCUCACGAUGAUGAAGAGGAAGCCGAAAUCAAGACCCACCGACUCGGCUGCCGCGGAGAUGGAGCCGGGGAAGUUGGAGAGGAGAGGCACGAAUGGCAGUAUAGGCAGCACAGAGACUGCGAAGAAAGUUGUCAUGGACGGGUGA